AUGGAGCAGUGCCUGGAGCUCGUCGACCAGCCGAUCGAGACGACCCUCGGAUAUCUGACAGGCCGCUGCCAACCGAGCAGCCGCCAAGAGCUCGAAAAGAUGCCCGCUUUGCCAGUCAGCCCAGCCGACGCGCAUCCGCGCAGAGUCAGCUCACCCCCAAGAGCGGGGCAGGCAGCCCAGGCGACACCACCCAGUACACCGCGCGCUCGCCCCCGAGUGCCGACCACGCCCCCGCCUCUGAGGGGCGUGAACCAGGAGUCCUUGCUGCUGCGGAGUCUCGAGCAGAACUGCUGGACGCAGGUGCGCCUCGUUCUCGAGGCGGACCCGGAGGCUGCCAGGGUGCCGAUCUUGCAGCCCUGUUUUGAGUGGCCGCUCUGCGCUGCGAUCCGCCUGGGGUGCAGCGAGGACAUCGUCAGGCUGCUGACCGAGAAUGGCGCGAAGGCUGACGUGACGAACGUUCAGGGAGUGUCCCCGCUCCAGCUUCUCAGCUCACGAGCGGAGAGUGGUGUCGGCAGCGCCCCUCCCUUCGACCUGCGGGGGAUUCCUGGCCUCGCGGCGUGGUCAGAAUGGAUGCUUGAGUCCACCGCGCAGCACGAGCUGGGCGUGGCCACAGCGCUGCUGAUCGCGGGCGCAGAUCCGGCGGCGUGCUACGGCGACCCUGACAGCUCGAGCCUGGAGCUGGCCCGGCGCGCCGAGAAGGGUCAUCUUGUUGGCCUCUAUGGACGCUGGGGCCCCGUGCCGGCGGCCUGA